UCUUAAAAUAGAAAUUGUUGCCACCUGGCAAACCUCCUCUCCAGUUAGGGGAAAGGUACUGUCAAACAGAUCCAGAAACAUGAGCUACAUCGCGGAAUAGAAGAAAGAUGCAAAAGUGGUCAUGAUUAGGUGGAGACGGGCAAAAUUUGGUGAAAUUAUUUGUUUGGGCUACAAUUUCCUUGGAUUAAAUUGGGCAAUUGGAUCUCUGCUUCUAGUAGAAAUGUUCUCCAUACUCCCUGGAGGUCAUUUCAGAACAAAAUAAUGUUUAGAGAUCUUUCAUGGCCACAAAAAUAACCCCAUCCCUAUUCUUUUUGGGGUCCCCCAACUGGUCAUUGAAUCAAAUGACGUAGCAAAAGCUGUAGCUUUAUUAUGCAUGAAGCAAGACGUUUAUUUAUUUUUUUCUAACAAUCUGUCUUGUGUAAUAUAGUGAAAAGCAAGAUUUUAUAACAGUAUGCUCUGAACUUUCUGGGUAAUCCAAAGUGUAUUUGAAGUGGUUGUGAUUAUUCAAUGGAGAAACAAAGGGACUUUGUAUAUGAUAGGCAAACAUACCCUCAUUCGUACCUAUCUUUCAGAACAACACACAUUUAUGCUACUCAGAUAAACACUACAAACAUGUUGUAGAGACAGAGGAUGUUAUUACUUCUGGGAUAGAAACUCUUAGUCUAAUCAAAACAAUUAUGACUAUGGAUCACAAAAGACAGCAUAUGCAAAUAAGGUAAAAAGGCAUCUCUUCUAAGAUCAAGUUGUAGCCAAAUACAUCAAGGCUGUGGAACACUUUGUCCUCUCUAUAUUUCCAUAAAGGCUGCAUUCCAUUAUCCCUGAUUGUUAGCUAUGCUGGGUGAAGUUGAGAGUUGUAACAAAAAAAUCUGGAGUGCCAAAUGUUCCCCAUCCCUCAUACAGAUAAAAGCAGUUCUUGUUUUGACCCUCUUGCAUUUUAGCAAGAGAGCCAAAGUUGCUUAGUGGCUUGCACUUAAAAAAUUAUCAUUCAAUGGUUUAUGAAGUUGUGGAUUAGAAGUACUGUGUGCUCCUUCCUCCCAACUGCUGUUUAUGAAACAUUAAUCUCAAAAGAUGUAGUAGUGGUUGGAUGGAGUUAAGUAUUUUGACUUGCCUUCUAAUUUGACAAGGGCAGCUCUGAUUCAUUCUCUGUCAUCCCACCUUUUCCCCUGUUUUUAAAAUACCUCACUUUCUCUUACUCUCUGCCUCCUCACUUGCUGCAAACUGAGUUCAAAAUGCAGCAAUAAUUUCAGUUUAAAUGACUGAGCAGAGGGGAGAGAAGGCAGAAACUUGCAUUUCCUAUUAUACUCGAGCAAAAGCAAACUGCUACAAGCUCUCCUAGCUUGUGUGUUCUUCCACAUUAAUAACGUUGUGUAACAAAACUUGAAAAAACAAGUUUCUGGAUUGAAAGUGUUAUUUCCUGUUUCAUUGUGAGAUAUUUACUUUGAAAGUAGCUGUUAUACCCCAGAAACUUUGUUUUUGUAGCUGCCAGAAACUGUCGAAUUGGUUGACACUCCAUAAGAUACUCAUUAAAAAACUAUAGCAUGAUGUUCUGCAAAAACAUUGCAAUUUUUCAUGUUUUUAUGAUAGAACCAAUUAGGAAAUAACAUUUCUAACCCAGAAACAAAAAUUGUGUUACAUAGUGUAAUGUUCGCUACACUUUAACCUUGCUUGGCUACACAAAUCCCAGUUUCCUUUAGUUAAAUGUUGGUAGAUGUGUUUUGUCAUAUGACACCAUGAACAAGAAUGCUAUUACAAGGUGGCUCUAUAAACUGCAACGUUUUGUUAUAGACUCCACUGGUUUUGGUUUCAGGAGCCUUCUCAAUAUCAAUAUCCACAAAUGCUAAAGUCCUAUUAUAGACAAUGCCAUAGUAAAGUAGCAUCUGUUAUAUAAAAUGACAAAAUCAUGGAAGGCGAUCCCGGUCAGGGUUGGCUUGAUGUGCCUUCCUCUGGGCACAUUUCUUCCUUAAUUCCUCCAUUCGUACCUCUUCGAAUUCUGCAGCACUACUGGUCACAGCUGACCUUCAGUUAGAGCGCUCAAGAGCCAGGUCUUCCCGCUUCUCGACGUCUAUGCCACAGUUUUUAAGGUUGGCUUUAUGCCCAUCUUUAAAUCUCUUUUCCUGUCCACCAACAUUAUGCUUCCAGUUCUUUAGUUGGGAGUAUAGCAACUGCUUUGGAAGGCGGUGAUCGGGCAUUUGGGCAAUGUGGCCAGUCCAGCGGAGUUGAUGGCAUAGGAACAUCACUUCAGUGGGGGUGAUCUUUGCUUCUUCCAGCAUGCUGACAUGAGUCCGCCUGUUUUCCCAAGAGAUUUGCAGGAUAUUUCGGAGUUAACACUGAUGGAAACUUUCCAGGAGUUGAGUGUGACGUCUGUAGACAGUCUACGUUUCGCAGGCGUAUAGCAGGGUUGGGAGGAGAAUCGUUUUAUAAACAAGCAGCUUGGUAUCUCUAUGGAUGUCCCGAUCCUCAAACACUUUCAUUCAGAGAAAUGCUGCACUUGCAGAGCUCAGGCAGUGUUGUAUUUCAGUAUCAGUACUGACUUUUGUGGAGAGGUGGCUGCCAAGGUGGCGGAAAUCGUCAACAUUUUCUAAUGUUACACCAUUAAGCUGUAUUCCUGGCAUUGCAGAGGGAUUGCCUGAUGACUGCUGGAGGGGCAUUUUGGUUUUCUCUAUGUUCAAUGGGAGGGAUAGGUAAUACUCCAGAAGCCAGGAACAGAAUUCAAAAUGAUCUUAAGCGGAUUAGAGAGGUGGAUCGAAACUAAGAAAAUGAAGUUCAACAGGGACAAAUGCAAGAUGCUCCACUUAGGCAGGAAAAAUGAAAUGCAAAGAUACAGAAUGGGGGACGACUGGCUCGAUAGCAAUACGUGUGAAAAGGAUCUUGGAGUCCUUGUGGACAGCAAGUUAAACAUGAGCUAACAAUGUGACACAGCAGCAAAAAAUGCCAAUGGGAUUUUGGCCUGCAUAAAUAGGAGUAGAGUGUCUAGAUCCAGGGAAGUCAUGCUACCCCUCUAUUCUGCCUUUGUCAGACCACACCAGGAGUACUGUGUCCAAUUCUGGGCACCGCAAUUGAAAGGAGAUGUUGAGAAGCUGGAAGGUGUCCAGAGGAGGGCGACUAAAAUGAUCAAGGGUCUGGAGAACAAGCCCUAUGAGGAGCGGCUUAAAGAGCUGGGCAUGUUUAGCCUGCAGAAGAGAAGGCUGAGAGGAGACAAGAUGAGGGCCAUAUAUAAAUAUGUGAGGGGAAGUCAUAGGGAGGAGGGAGCAAGCUUGUUUUCUGCUGCCCUGGAGACUAGGACGCAGAACAACAGCUUCAAACUACAGGAAAGGAGAUUCCACCUGAACAUUAGGAAGAACUUCCUCACUGUGAGAGUGGUUCAGCAGUGGAACUCUCUCUGCGGAGUGUGGUGGAAGCUCCUCCUUUGGAGGCUUGAUGGCUAUCUGUCAGGGGUGAUUUGAUUGUGCUUUUCCUGGAUGGCAGGGGAUUGGACUAGAUGGCCCAUGUGGUCUCUUCUAACUCUAUGAUUCUAUGAUUCUAUUUACCCUGCAACAUGAAUGUAGUUCGACACCAUUUUAACUGCCAUGGCUCAAAGAGUGUGGUGGAAGCUCCUUCUUUGGAGGCUUUUAAGCAGAAGCUGGAUGGCCAUCUGUCAGGGUUGCUUUGAAUGCGAUUUCCUGCUUCUCGGCAGGCGACUGGACUGGAUGGCCCAUGGGGUCUCUUCCAACUCUAUGAUUCUAAUGAGAAGCCAAGCUUCUCAUAUGCUUUUGCAAAGAUGUUUCGAGUGGCUUGCAAGUUGCAGGUCAUCUUCUGAAUGUGCACAGACUACGUUAUCAUCAGCAUAUUGGAGAUGCACCCUAUGAUUCACAGCACUGAGGGCUAACUGUGCAACCCUAGACAUUUUACUCCAAAGGCACCCCAUUUAGUACAAUGGGGAUGGCUUCCAAGUUAGGAUGCGGGAGAUCACGAAUUAGACGCCACCCUGCAGUCUGUUGCAAAUAGAUACCAGGGCGAGUGGAGGCGAUUUGCCUUGGGCAGGGAGGGAUCCAAAGGCAACUUCUGGCAUCCUGGGGAUGCUCAGGAAGGACCCAGGAGCCGGUCCUCCAAGAGGCAGGGUGGCAAUGGCGAGUCAAGCGCCAAGGAGAAGCAAAUCGGAUUAAUUCCAGAAGAGCAGCGAGAGGGAGAGAGCCAAGCGGGCUUUUCUCUUUCUCUUUUUUUUCCUCCUCUCGGCUUAGUUUAGCAGCUGCUUCCUGGUUCCGGUUUGCAGCCUCAACAACAGCCGUUGCUGCAGGGAUUGCAAAAAGGAGAGCGACCCAAGCAGAGCCGGAUCCGCAUCUCAGCGCAGGAAACUACAGAUACUUUGCAGUGGCACAGCGGGUUAAACUACUGAGUUGCGGAACUUGCUGACCGAAAGGAUGGCGAUUCAAAUCCACAAAGCGGGGCAACCUUCUGAAUGUUGUUCUCUAGAGAUGAGAAGAAAGUCUUGAUCAAAAGGUGCAUUUCUGACCAUCCCUUGACAUCCAGGAGGGACAUUGGCAAGAGAAGCAGCCACCCCAGGGAUGGGUAGCCAUGAGAAAGAUCAGUCUUCUCCAAAACGGGCACCACCACCCUCCCGCUCCAACAGCACCGUGUCUUCCAAACACAGCAUUGCUCGGCAGGGUUCAGAAAGCUGGGAGGUGGUGGAUGAGCUGCAGUUACAAGGUGGAGUAAUCCAGGAGCCCGAAAGGCAGGAAGGUUAUCUGCUCAAGAAACGAAAAUGGCCUCUGAAGGGAUGGCACAAGCGCUAUUUUGUUUUGGAAGAUGGAAUCCUGAAAUAUGCCACAACACGUCAAGAUGUCUUGAAAGGGAAGCUACACGGUUCCAUUGAUGUUCGCUUGUCAGUCAUGUCAGUCAACAAGAAGGCUCAGCGAGUAGAUCUGGACACAGAAGAUAACAUCUAUCAUCUGAAGAUAAAAUCCCAAGAACUCUUCAAUAAUUGGGUGGCCAAGCUGUGCUCACACCGCCAAGCUGAGAAGUUCUUGAUGGGUGGCCAUGGUGGAAGAGCAUCCCAUCCUCCACCUGCCUGCAGUGCAAGGCACCGCAUUCUGAUGUCAGAAAGUGCCCCUGCCUUAUCUUCCAUGGGCAGUCACCGAGACAAAGUGAAUUCCUGGCUUAGUGACAGUAAAGGCUUGGACAGGUGUUCAGCAGAACUCACAGAAUGUCAGGAAAAGCUUCAGGAGCUCAACCGUAUGCUACAGAGCCUGGAUUCUCUCCACCGCAUUCCCUCUGCACCCCUCAUCUCCAAUAGUCAGACCUCAACGAGCACAGAGAGACCCAGAAAGGGGAAGAGAUCUACCCGUAUUUGGUGUACUCAGAGUUUUGCAAAGGAUGACACCAUUGGAAGGCAGGUGGGACGCCUGCAUGGCUCUGUGCCCAACCUCUCAAGAUAUUUAGAGUCAUGUCAGAAUCAGGCCAUCUUUAGUGUCCCUCCAGAAUACAGCCAGCUGCAGAGAAGUUUCUGGAUCUUAGCUCAGAAAGUUCAUGGGUCCCUCACAAGUGUAUUAGCCGUUCUGAGUGCGGAACGAGGCCGUCUUCAGGAACUGCAACAGACGCUAGAUUUGCAGCGUUCUGCCGGACCUCCGGCACCAGUGGGACGUGGCGGUGCCUAUGGCAUUUCUGCAGCUGGGACUUCUCUGGAGACACUGGACAAUCCUGAAUGUAUCCGCCGCUUUCAUUCUCUCUCCAUCUCCUCAGACACUACCCUGGACUCUUUUGCCUCGUUCAACCCAGAUGAGCCAAAUAAUACUCUGUUGGUGAAGAGUCAGGAGCAGCAGUUAUCCAAUCGCAGCAUCGUGUCUCUCUCGGAUUCGCACACCGAGUUCUUUGACGCCUGCGAGGUCUUCCUAUCAGCCAGCUCCUCUGAAAAUGAGGCCACAGAUGACGAGUCCUGCGUCAGCGAAGUGACUAAUAGCAUCUCCGAGGAAAUGGCCGAGGUGGCAGGAGGACCUGGGCGGUUCCACAAAGGUCCAGCCAUUGCGCACUGUUUUGGAGAACCUACAGAAGCAAUGCUGAGUCUUCCGGUGCCUCUCCCUUUGUACCUCCCUGGGCCAGGACCUGGGAUAAUGCGCCGAAACUGUUUGCCGGCUUCUCAUGUCCACGCCAGUGAUGUCAGUGUGUGGAACAUCCUUCGCAACAACAUUGGCAAGGAUCUCUCCAAGGUGUCCAUGCCGGUCCAGCUGAAUGAGCCCCUCAACACCUUGCAGCGGCUUUGUGAAGAACUAGAGUACAGUGCCCUGUUGGAUGCAGCCAGCCGCACACUGGAUCCCUGUGAAAGAUUGAUCUGCAUGGCUGCCUUUGCCGUAUCCGCUUACGCUUCUACCUACUUCCGCGCUGGCAGCAAGCCGUUCAACCCUGUCCUAGGAGAAACAUAUGAGUGUGUGCGGCCAGACAAAGGUUUUCGUUUUAUCAGUGAACAGGUGUGCCACCAUCCUCCUGUCUCUGCCUGCCAUGCAGAGUCCGACAACUUUGUUUUCUGGCAAGACAUGAAGUGGAAGAAUAAGUUCUGGGGGAAAUCCCUAGAGAUCAUCCCUGUGGGUACAGUGAAUGUCCACCUUCCCAGGUUUGGAGAUCACUAUGAAUGGAACAAGGUGACCUCCUGCAUCCACAACAUCUUGAGUGGCCAACGCUGGAUUGAGCAUUAUGGUGAGGUGCUGAUUCGCAACACAAGAGACAGCACCUACCAUUGCAAACUCACCUUCUGCAAGGCACGGUACUGGGGCUCCGGGGUCAACGAGGUGCAGGGCGCCAUUCUCAGCCACAGCGGCAAAGUGAUCCACCGGCUCUUUGGGAAGUGGCAUGAUGGGCUGUACCGUGGGAUGGCCCCUGUCGGCAAGUGCAUCUGGAGGCCCAAUCCCAUGCCUCGGGAUUAUGAGAAGAACUAUGGUUUCACUCAGUUUGCCUUGGAACUCAAUGAGUUAACACCAGAACUUAAGCGCCUCCUGCCUUCUACAGACACACGGCUGAGACCUGACCAAAGGUACUUAGAAGAGGGAAAUGCGCAGGCCGCAGAGUCCCAGAAGAGACGGAUUGAACAGCUACAGAGAGACCGGCGGCGGGUGAUGGAUGAUAAUAACAUUCUUCAUCAGGCACGAUUCUUCAGGCGGCAAGUGGAUGCCAAUGGCAAGGAAUCCUGGGUGAGCAACAGCAGUUACUGGAAGCUGAGGGGCGAACCUGGCUUUAGCAACAUGGACAGCGCUGUCUUGUGGUAGCCGCUAGCAUCUGUAGGAGCAGCCGUGCCUUUCUGCCAUCUCCCAAAGCGUGGGGGGAGUGGGCCAUGGAGGCCGCCUCCCUGACAAUUAAGCACAAGAGGACUGAGGCAUGCCAUCCCGGAAUACCAGCACUUCAUAAAGUCGCAGGGGGUGGGAUGGGGUGGGGAGGGGAGGGGAGACUCUCUCUUAGGUGUUUAUGCCAUGCACUUCCAAAGCAACCCUCUCACAUGCCCACAUACUUGAGAAAAGUGGCAACCAUCCAUGUCUCAUUCUCGCACUGCUGCCUGCUGGCCAGGCAGAUUUCUGGUGGUACCUUGGAUUGCCCACAGAUGCUUUCAGGAAGCACUUUAGCACCACCUGGAUCAGAAGAGGCCAAGACAGACAUGAUGAGGCAAGUGAGACUGAAGGACCUGAAGUAACUUGCAAAUGAGGGGGGAAAGCUGACUAGCAAACUUUGCUCUUUUUUUUGCUCACAUGACACCAAGAACCACACAUUUGAGCAAAGAACAAUUGUGGGGCAUUGGUGUGACUGUUUCUGCAGAGCUGUCUGGAACCUGGACAUUUGGGCUCUUUUUAAACACUUAGCAGUUCCCUUCUAGGGUUGCUGUUGGUCCGUUCCCUUCCCCUGCACCCUUUUUGGGGGUUAUUUUUGUACCACUUUCCUUUUCAAAGGAAUUGAACUCUUCUUCAGGUCUCCUUCUGGUUGUUGGUAUGAGGUAAGGCCUCACCGUGGUUAGAAAUCCUCUCUGUGGGAGCCCAUCGUAUGGGGAAAUUUGGUAGCACUCUGAGGGGACACUGAUCUGCUCUCGAGGGAGCUGUUGCACUUUGACAACAGUUUGGGGUGAAAUUCGGUACAUUCCAGGGGUGGCUGUUAAUUGGUGCCUGCAUGAUACUUCCAUUUUGGCAUAGCUAGGACUUUCUUCAAGUAGAGCAUAUUAAGGAUCAUACACCAUGAGGGCAAGUGACACUGAACCAGCACUGUGUGUGUUUUUAUUUUAUUUUAUUUGGUCGUGUCUCUGGUCUUUCUUCCCCUUUUGACAAGGAUAUAUGCCUCCCCGUCUCACCACUUUUCCUUCAGCAUUUGAAGCAAUAAUUAUAACUGAAGAAUGGGGGGAAAGAACCACUGGUAUUUCCAACAAUAGUGUACAGGAAAGUGGAAUUCACUCUAGCUAUUUGUAGCAUCAGAGUCUAUCAAAGAUAGACAUGUCUUGAUUGUGAUUGAGCUUAAAGGUAAAUGGGGGAGAGAGAGAAAAGGGAAAGGGAUGGAGUUUGUGGCCAGAGGAGCAAAAUAUAAGGCAAGCAUGAGUUAGGAGGAAGAAUUUAUCUCGGUGUAUCUGAUCUGGGUCAGGAAAGUCAGCUAGAAAUCUUGGGUUUAUUUCUCAGCUUUGUCAAGAGGAUAAUAUAAUUCUGAGAAGCCCAAACACCUGAGUCCUAUUUCAGAGGAAGAAGAAUAGCAAAAGUAGCUUCUGGUUGUAGCAGAACCAAUCUUGCGACUCACUACAGAAAGCUCACCAGCAAUCAUCUCUAGGCUGCAAGAAGCUUGACAAUCACUGGUAUGUUGAAUCUUAGUGUGUCAAUUGACAUUGUUCAGUUUGGGGAGACUUGCAAGGCAUGCCAGGGUAUACAUCUAGAGCGGGGUAGGAGGUCCCUGCCCUUCUAGAUGUCUUGGACUACAAAUCCCAGCCAGCAUGGCCAAUGGUAAGGGAUUUGGGGAGUUGUCCAAAACUUCAGGCGAGUCAUUCUCCAGCUCUGAAUGCAAAGCUCUGUUUACACUUAUGUUUCCAAUUUGUGUGUGUUUAUUCUGUUCUUUUGCCCAUAAUUUCAUGUGCCCAAGCUACAGAUAGAAAAGUGACCAGAAAAUCCUGUUGAAAUCUUUUGUAUAAUUCUACAACAACCAGGCACAGAUGUAUGGCAUGCAUCAUUUAGAGCGCCAAGACCACUGUCCAUGUUCUUCCAUGUUUCACAUCUGUCCUAAGCUCUCUUAGUGUUAAGAAAAUUUAUAUCCUUUGUUCAAACAUUCCCUAUUUUGAAUAUAAAACCCCAGAUCCCACAGCGAGAGUGUCAGUGGCCAUACUAGCAAAGAGAUUUGUGGCAUUUGUUCCACAAAAAAAAUACAUUUUUCCAAGAUUUGCUGUUCUACACUUCUUUGUAGCAGCAUUGGGGAAGUUCAAUGUGAACACAGUCCUUACAGGUUUCUUCUCUGGGGAUAGAGCAGCCUACCUGGUCGUACAACUUUCCUUCCUGUUUUCUUGAUCCUUUUACCAAAGGUCUUUAAAGACAAAGUUGGCUUCAAGCAGAUGUUUUUCCUGCCACUAUAAAAUAUAAAAACAUAAUAUAAUCCACCUCACCACUUUGCCCUUGGGUGGAGAAAUAUUUUGUUUACCUUUUAUGUUUAUUGACAGACCUUAAUACUUAAUAUGGAUCGGAAGGGAUGUGACAUCAUUGACUCAAUGCAUGUAAAGCAUUGUGGCUUCCUUCCUCACUGCGGAUUGUGUUAAACUGCUGCAUUUCUUCUUAGGACUCUGCCAGUUGUUUAUAAGGCUCCAAGUCUGAUACUAAGCAGCAGGAGAGGAGAUGUGGAAGAAUUUAUUUCUGUUAAGAUUCCUAGAUUGCAUUAGGGAUCGAAAUACUCAUUUUUGGUUUGUGGGGUUAAUUUCUGAUUUCUUUUUCCAAGCCAUCUGCUAAAAGUUGUGAAAACACAUGCAUGGAAAGAAGAACUUGUAAUUAUUUUCUCAUGAUCUACGCCCCCCCCCCCAGUCCUGCUCCCUUCUAAAUAUCCUACCCAACACACCCUAAAAAGCUUCCUGUUCCUCUGUCAGUCUAUCCAUCUCUCUUUGUGUGCUGGGCAUCUUUGGUGUUUUGUCUGCCCUGCAACGCAGGUUGGCCUGUUCUCAUUUGCCUCACCCGGCUGGACCGGUCCUGAGUCGCUGCUCUAUCAUCUAUUGUGUCUGUGUUGACUGGCCUCUGUUCUGUCUUGUGUUGUGGCUUGAACAAUCCACGGCGUGUCCAAUAAAACAAAAAUUAAGGUUUCAGAAA